GCAUGCUUGGAAACUUGGUUUAGUUGUCCGUUUCCUGCCCGACGCUUCCUCCUUGGUAAAGAUGGCAGUGAAGCUCACUUUGUUCUAUGCAGUCGCUGUGUGCACCGUAUUGGUCUCGGGUUUUGUAGAAGAGCUGGAUGACUCCUUUAAGGAUAAAAGAAUGGGUGAUACUUGGAUAGUAGAUUUCUAUGCACCUUGGUGUGGCCACUGCAAGAAACUGGAGCCAGUGUGGCAUGAGGUGGGGGCUGAAAUGCGCAGCUCUGGAUCACCUGUGCGAGUUGGAAAGAUAGAUGCUACUGCUUAUUCCAGUGUUGCCUCAGAACUUGGAGUACGUGGUUAUCCAACUAUAAAACUGUUGAAGGGAGACUUGGCUUACAAUUACAGAGGACCAAGAACCAAAGACGACAUAAUAGAGUUUGCUAAUAGAGUAGCAGGACCAGUUGUGCGCCCACUUCCCAGCCAGCAAAUGUUUGAACACGUGCAAAAGAGACACGAUGUGCUUUUUGUUUAUGUUGGUGGAGAAUCACCAUUAAAGGAGAAGUACAUUGAAGUGGCAUCAGAGUUGAUUGUGUACACAUAUUUCUUUUCUGCUUCAGAAGAAGUUUUGCUUAAGCAUGUGACAUUGCAAGAGUUACCUGCUGUGUUGGUCUUCAAGGAUGGAACGUACUUUGUUUAUGAUGGCUACAGUGAUUAUUGAGAACUUUUUGCGUGGAUUAGAUCAUUAAGAUUUAAAGGUUAUUUUAAAUUAUUGUUGCUCUCUCUAUUUACAGGAAAAUUGGUGGGAAUUGCAGUCAUUGAUGAUAAAAAUCCAUCUGAGGAGAGCAUUAGAUUGAAAUCACUAAUUCAAACAGUAGCUAAGGACUAUAGGGAGCACUUCAACAGGGACUUCCAGUUUGGCCAUAUGGAUGGGAAUGAUUACAUCAACAGCCUAAUUAUGGAUGAAGUAACUAUGCCAACAAUCAUUGUGCUCAAUACAUCCAACCAGCAGUACUUCCUUCCGAGUCAGCCUAUUGAAUACAUUGAGGACCUGGUUCGGUUUCUAAACGAAGUUCUAGAUGGCACAGCAGAGGCACAAGGUGGUGAUGGCAUUCUUCAGCGCAUCAAAAGAGUUGUUUAUGAUGCAAAGUCCACAGUAGUUUCUGUCUUCAAGAGCUCUCCUCUUCUCGGAUGCUUUCUCUUUGGUCUGCCUCUUGGUGUCAUCAGCAUCAUGUGCUAUGGAAUCUGUACAGCAGACUCUGAUGAUGGCUCGGAGGAAGCAGAGCCCUUCAAGAAGGAAGGCCAAGAUCAAGAACUGACAGACGAGGGAAGUGAGGAGGAACUUGAGGAUGGCAAUGACGAACAGCAGCCAGAGAGUGGAGCUGAGCACAGUGAUGAGGAGCAUGAAGAAAAAACAUCAACAGAAAAGAAAACUGAUUAACCAAAUCACUCCCCCUAGGAUUUUCUUUUUAAAUUGAAAGGCUAUUUUAUUUAUAUAUUCAAUAUCAAUCAGGAUCCAGUAAAGACUGACAAAGAUUGGUCCAGUAGCUUUGUCAAUGUAUUUACUUGUCUGUUACAGAAACAGUAAGGUUAAUGUUUAAAAAGAAAACUAAAUAACGUAAUUGCGGAGACAAAUGCAUGUACCAUGCUUUCAAUAGGGCAUUGGCUGCAGUAAGACUAAACACUUGAGUUAAAAACAACAAAUAGUACUAUGCAUUUAAUCUUGUCAAGAAGUAUGCAAUGUAACAAUUUGAAUAUGUUUAAAUUUCAGAAGUAAAGAGAAAGAAACUGAUGUUCUUUAGGGGUGCAAGUUAGCCGAGUUUCCGGAGUGUUGUUGAAAUUGAGGGGGGGGGGAUUAAUAAUUAGUUAUUAAGCCACAAAACAAGCAUCUACUUUCGGACCAAAGCAAAGUUUCGCUGGAUUAAAUAGUAAAUGUGUAGGGAAGCAUUAAACUGGGGUGAAGGUCAUUAGAUUUAAAUAAAUAAAUAAAUAAAUAGAUUAAGUUACAAGUUUUGCAAUUUUAGUUUUGAGUGUUAGUGUUGCUUUUAACAAGUAUUGCUGUGUCUGUGAGUACCGUUUAUAUACCUAGAUCAGUCUUUGUGGUAUUAGUCAGCACUAGUAGCCUAAUUUUAUAAAGCUUCAACAUCAAGGCAUCAAAGCUCUAAUUGGAAGUACAUUCUUUUAACUGCAUAGUGCUGCUGAGACACAGAAAACCUGCUGGCCUGUUGCACGGCUGUAAUACUAUGUUCCAUGCCUGGUUUAAACUUGUAUUAUUAACCACAAUGUUUUUCAGCCACCUGCUGAGGCAUGUUCUUUGCAUUAAUACAGGCAAAGAUAUUCAUUAUAAAUAAUGUAGAUCUGUUUUUAUAUGCAUUUCUUCUGGAAUUGAAAAAAAGAAAAAAAACUUUGUUUUGGUCAGACAGCUUUUGAUGCUUCUUUGUUUUUAAACUGAUGUUGAUGCUUGAUGUUGCUGUUAUUGUUAUUAUUGUUAUUGACCUUGGUGGCACACCCUAAUGCAUGCAACUCUACAGUUAGUCACAUUUCUUGAAUUAAAAGGAAAAAAAAAAAUCUGAAGCAGCUAAAAUGUUCUAUUUUUAUUUAAUUUUUUUCAGUUGAAAUCACUGUACCUAGAAUUAUUACAAGUAAUUAACAGCCAGUUUAUAGAUGGAUGUUGAGUUACCACUGUAUUUGUGGUUGUUGUUUGGUGCAAUACAACAGAGAUUUGUGAAUCUUAGGGAAUGUUUCUUUUUUUUUUGUUAUGAAAGUCUUUCUUUUGAUAUGGGCAGUAAAGUAUUUUAGUAGAUUGCA